AAUGGAAAAGAAGCGAACUGCAAUGAAAAUUAUGACAAAAACUUUCGCCUUCCUUCUAUUUCUUUUGGAAUACUGCAAUACUACAGCAAUUUCAUUGAGUAGGCUCAACUUUGAUGAAAGGAUAGCAAGUGUCAAGGUCGAAUGGAGUUCUGGUUUCACUCAGGUAGUAAACCUAUCCGAUGUUGCUGGCUUUAAAAUGUAUUGUUUCAAAUAUACAAAUACUCCUGAUAUAGAAUCGGGUUUAAAUCUUGUUAUAAAAGACGUUUACAUUGACGAAACUGUUGGAUUUCAAUACGUCAAUGUCUUUACAAAAGGUAUGAAUAUUCAUUAG